AUGGACGCCCACAAGGACCGGGCGACGGCGCUCUUCCAGCGCGGCUCGUUUGCCGAGGCCGUUGGCAGCUACAAGGGCGCGCUGGCCUGUGCCGAUGUACCGAAUGAGAUGCAGUGCACCUUGCUGAGCAACAUUGCGCUCUGCCAUCUCAAGCUGCGCGACUUUGCGGCUGCGAUUUCGUCGGUCGACGACGCGCUCGCCAAGGCGCAAGCCUCGCGCCUGCCCGACACCAUCAUGGAGAAGCUCCUCUUUCGCCGCGCGCAAGCGUACAUGGAGACGGACCAGCUCGCGGCCAGUGCGCGCGACCUCAAGGCCGUGCUGCAGCUCUCGCCGAGCAACAAGCCCGCCCAGGCACUGCUGCGCACGUUGCAAGAGAAGGCUCGGAAGGACGCCUCGGGGGUUGGAAAGGCGUUGAAGGCGCUUCCGUCCAACGACGCGCUGGCGUUCCUCGAGCACCAGUCGCCGGAGAACGCACCGUCCAUCUACCGCGACGUCCUCGACCUCGGCGGCGAGCGCAUGCUCUGGCAGACGUGUGUCGUGGACGCCAAGGACCGUUCAUUGCAAGCGCGCGGCCUGCGCAUUUUGGCCAACAUGGCCAAGCACCACGGCGCGGCGGUCUAUGCAGCGAUCGACGCCACGCUCCUCGCUGCCUUGGUCCCGAUGCCCGUGCCCGCCGACGCGGACGACGCUACGAUCGGUCUCAUCGCAGCCGUCGUGUCGCUCACGGGCGUGCUUGCAGCGCACCUUGUGACUGUCUCGAACGACAUCCAGGCAGCGCAUGCGCCGGUGCGGCAGCUCCUCGAUGCGACGUUCCAGGGCCUCCGGACGUCGACCGACGUGCUGCAGCAGGCCACGCUCGACGUGCUCCUCAAGCACGUGCUCCAGGUCAAGUCGAACGCAUCGACAAUGGCGCUCUGGAUGGAAGAAAUGGGCGUCUUCUCGCUCCUCCUCUCGCAAGCCAAUUUGCUGCGCGACCGCGUCGUGUCGUCGAUUUCGAUGGUGUUUUCACAGCUGCUUGCGCUCUUUUCCGAGUCGGAGAUGGAGCGUAUUGUCCGCGAGUAUUGCGUCGACCCGGUCGUCGGUGCAUCGACCAUGGAAGACGCGUCGCCCGGGUGUGUCUUGCUCUCGGGUGUCUUCCUCGCCAACGCCAAGCUCGGGGCGCACAUGAUGCAGUCGCAUCCUGCGUUCUUGAAGCAGCUCAGCGACGUCUUGCUGCGUCAAAAGUCUGCUGCCCACAGCCUCAAGUACCAAGAGCUUGUGAUGGACCUCGUCGCGUACAUUGCCGGUUCGGAGGCUGGCAUGGCCGCGAUCCCGAUCGAGCUGCGCAUGGAGCUCGGGAAGUUGCUGCAGUGCUCGAUGGAGCCGCACCAGCUCAAGCUGCAGUCGGCUGCGCUCGCGGCGGUCGUCAAGAUGAGCCUUGUCGACAAGACAUUUGACCCGGCGACGCCCGUCGGCGACAUUAUGAUCAACCAAGUGCUCUCGCUCCUCGAGGCCGUGCACAACGCGCCCGUGACGGCGUCGAUCGUUGGGUCCACGGCGCGGGAGCGUGCGGUCGAAGCGCUCUCGUACUUGAUUACGUUUACGCCGGUCAAGGACGCGCUGGUGCGUCGGCCCAGAGCGCUGGAGCCGCUUUUGACCGACAUCUCGGCCACGUCGACACCGUCGAAUCUGCUGUAUGGCAUUUCGUACAUUCUCUUUCACUUGCUCACGUCCGAGUCGCACCUCAAGCGCCAAAAGAUGCAAAACUCGGAGCUCACGCCCGAGCAGUACGAAGAGCUGCAGAAAGCUCUCAAGCAAAAGUCCGAGCUCGACGACGGCGACUCGGUCGAGCAAGUGACCAAGCGCAUCGCAGCGGUGCUCGAUCACUCGCAGAGUAUUCUGACGCUUUUGCAGCUACUCAAGUGCAAGGGGUCGCCGGCGAUCCUCGACCAAGCAACCCAGAGUGUACUGCAUGCGACCGAGUACGUUGAGGGCCGUGGCAAGCUCGUGCAAGGCGGCCUCUUCUCCGCCAUGCUCUCGCUCUCGACGCCCCACGCCCGGCACGCGGUGGCCAAGAUCCUCAUCACGACCAACCCGCACUUGAUCCCGGCGUCGCAGCUGCUCUCGUCCAUCUACCCGCUCAUGGAGUUGCUCAAGGCCGAGUCGAACUUGAUGCAGUUUGAAGCGCUCAUGGCGCUUACCAAUGUGGCGAGCGUCUCGGAUGAAACCAAGGCCCGCAUUCUCUCCAACAAUGGCUUGACGACGAUUCAAUAUUUGCAGUUUUCGGACCAUACGAUGGUGCGCCGCGCGGCCACCGAGUGCCUCACGAACCUCCUGCCCUCGGACGAAGUCCUCGAAAAGAUCUUUUGCCAGCCCGAGAAGGUCCGUCUCUGGCUCGCGUUUGCGUCGCUUGAGGAAGCCGACGAAGACUUGGCGACGGCCCGUGCCGCGUCCGGAGCGAUCGCGAUGGUCAGCCAGUACCCCGUCGUUUGCGCUGUGCUUCUGGAGCAAAAGGCGAUUGAGACCUUUGGGCCGAUCUUGAUCGAGUGCGACGCGCCGGAGCUUGUCCACCGCCACCUCUUUGCCGUCCAGUCGUGCCUCGAGUACGUGCGCACAAUGGCGACGGUAGACGUCGAAGCCUCGGGCAAGCAAGCCAUGUACGAGCAGCAGCUGCUCUUGCUGUCGUCGCCGAUCGAAAACGUCGCGCGCAAGUUUCUGGCGACCGCGCCCGAGAUUGCCGAGCUCGCGCAUGCGUGCCUCGGUCUGUUGGCCAAGCUCACAUGAGCCCAACAGGGUAUCCAUGACUUCAAUACCGGGAAAAACCAUUUUUUG